UAACGGGCGGAUAUUUUCAAAAUGGAAGAAAUGCAAAAGUUUUGGAGUGGAAUAAAAUAGCAACAUUCAUUUGUUUUUAUCAAAGGUCGUUUACGGCCGCGGAUAAAUUAACCUGGUUGAACAUGUAUUGAAUAAUACUUUUGUAUCGAUUGGGAAGACACGAGAAGCAAGAUGAGUGUUUCAAUCGGUAAUAAAAUCGAGGACUUCAAAGUUCUCACGCUCCUUGGUAAGGGCUCCUUUGCGUGUGUUUACCGGGCAAAGUCAGUUAACACUGGCUUGGAGGUGGCGAUCAAAAUGAUUGACAAAAAAGCCAUGCGCAAAUCUGGUAUGGUCAAGCGUGUGAGUAACGAAGUGGAGAUUCAGUGUCGAUUGAAGCAUCCGUCAAUACUAGAGCUGUACACCUACUUUGAAGACAGUAAUUAUGUGUACUUGGUGUUGGAGAUGUGCCAUAAUGGAGAGAUGAGUCGAUACCUGAAAGAUAGGAACAUGCCCUUCUCAGAGGGUGAAGCAAGGCACUUCAUGCAUCAAAUAGUGAAAGGUAUGCUGUACUUGCAUACACAUGGCAUCAUGCAUCGGGACCUGACCUUGUCCAACAUGCUGCUGUCGGGCAGUAUGAACCUUAAAAUAGCUGACUUUGGCCUGGCCACCAAGCUGAAGCUCCCCAGCGAGAAGCACUUCACCAUGUGUGGCACACCCAACUACAUCUCCCCAGAGGUGGCCACCCACAGUGCUCACGGCCUGGAGUCUGAUGUCUGGUCUCUGGGCUGCAUGUUCUACGCCUUCCUGAUGGGCCGGCCCCCGUUUGACACAGACACGGUGAAGCACACCCUCAACAAGGUGGUUCUGGGGGAGUAUGACAUGCCCAGCCAUGUGUCCCAGGAGGCCCAGGACCUGAUCCAUCAGCUGCUGAGGAAGGACCCUGCGCAACGGCCCAGCCUGUCUGCCGUGCUGGAGCACCCCUUCAUGACCCAAAGCCUGCUGGCCAGAAUCAAGGAGCGGAGCCUGGGGGAGCCAGGCUCCAUGGACAGCGGCAUCGCCACCAUCUCCACAGCCUGCACCUCGUCCACGUCCGGCAGCAGCAGCAGCAGUCUCCAGAGGAGAGCCAGGCGUGUGAUGGGACCUGCCUUGCCCAAUCGCAUGAUGCCUAUCCCUACACUGCCCCGUCCGCCCAGCAACGCCUGCUUUGAUGGGGUUGAGCAGUGGCAGCAGCAGCACUCAGACAGAGUAGGCAGGAGCAGAGCUGCACUGGGUGGGAAGAGUGGACGGCCCCACUCCAGGUACCUACGAAGGGCUCACUCCUCAGACCGGUCUAGCUCCUCUGUCACUCCAGUCCAGGGGAUGGGGCAGGCAGAGCUGGAGAGGUGCCACUCUGAGGAGAUGCUGACUGUGUCAGGGAGACUGGCCUUUCCCAUGUCCUCCAGCUACAAGGAGACUCCACAACCCGUCGCAGAACAUGGAAAGCUCCCAUCGCCGCCUGUCAAACAGACAGCCAGCUCAGGAUGUUCAUAUUCCACACAACCACCACGUCCACUAAACCUGCAGUUAGAAGAGUCAGAAGGUGUACAAAAUUGGUUCAGUAAAGAAGGCCCGUUUCCGAGGCCCACGGAUGUCAGCGCUCACAGCAGCAGUGGCAGUUUCCAUAGCAGCAGGGAGCCUCUAGGUGUACACAACUACUGGAGUGACAAACCAGCAGGCAGAGGGACCAGUUCUCACCGCAACCACAACCAGCACCACCCCUCAAACACUGAGUCCUACUGGGAGAAUGGGCAACGAGUACAUGGGGGAGAGCUGCAGAGUCUGUCUAAACCCAAACCAAGUAUAGCAAAGGAGAAGUCCCUGAGAAAUGUGCUCCCUCCCCUGUGUGCCUCCAGACUGAAACCCAUCAGACAGAAGACUAAAAUCGCUGUGGUGAGCAUUCUUGAUACAGGAGAGGUAUGUAUGGAGCUUCUCAAGGGCCAGGGCCCCCAGGAGAGGGUCAAAGAGGUCCUUAGGAUAUCCUGUGAUGGUUUGAUGGUCACUAUUUACCAGCCCAAUGAGGGGAAGGGUUUUCCUGUACUAGAGCGCCCCCCUGCUCCUCCCGAGGACAUCUUGAUCUGCAGCUAUGAGGACUUACCAGAGAAGUACUGGAGGAAAUACCAGUAUGCCUCCAAGUUUGUGCUCCUGGUGAAAUCCAAGACUCCCAAAGUUACCCUCUAUACCAAGUCUGCUAAGUGUAUGCUGAUGGAGAACUCCCCCAAUGCAGACCUGGAGGUGUGCUUCUACGAUGGAGCAAAGAUCCACAAGACGUCGGAGCUGGUCCGGGUGGUGGAGAAGAGUGGGAAGUCGUACACAGUGAAAGGGGAGGUGGGUCUGAGUGGCCUCAGCCCAGAGAGCAGGCUGUAUGUAGAGCUGUCUGACGAGGGCCACAGCAUGUGUCUUUCUCUAGAGGCGGCAAUCACUGCAGAAGAGCAGCACAGUGCCAAGAGCACGCCUUUCUUCCCCAUCACCAUCGGCAGGAGACCUGCCAACCCAGACUCCUCCUGCCCCUCGUCCCAGCCUGCCACUGCUGAUGUGGCAUCACUGCCCCAGCCCCCAUGUUUCACUCCCUCUAGGUUCUCCUAUGAAGAGUCUGACAUCACCUCAGCCAGUGUGAACAAAAACUGCUCUCCGCUGUCGGUCAAACAAGACCACACGGCCAACGCAGGGAAAGUCCUCAAGUCUGUCUUUGUGCCAAAUAUUGGUUGGGCCUCACAGCUGACCAGUGGAGAGGUGUGGGUGCAGUUCAACGAUGGCUCCCAGCUGGUGGUGCAGGCAGGGGUUUCCUGUAUUAUCUACACGUCCCCAGAGGGACGGACCACCAGGUACAAGGAGAAUGAGAAGUUGCCAGAGCUUGUGAAGGAGAAGCUGCACUGUCUCUCCACCAUCCUGGGUCUGUUGGCCAGUCCAGCAGCACGCCGCUGAAUCAAACCUCAGCAUUGCCCCCUUGCUGUUAUAUUGACACGUCCCUGUGCAGCAAUGAUGUUGCAGGGAGGAGAAACUUUCAUAGGCUUUAUACUAUGACAUACAUACCUCUUUCAAGUGUGCUUGUAAAUAUGUUUAUUUUCUAUGUACAGAUGACAAAUUAUGAAUAUAUUUUAUGAAGUACCCAUGUUGUACAGCAUCUUGUUGAAAUAGUUUAUGUGCGUGUAAACUUGUAUUUUCUAUAUUGUCAGUUGUCAAACCAUCUACAUGAAAUGUCAGAUGCAUAAAAGCUGAAGCAAUAAACAUCUGCAGGCUGGGUAGAGUUCAGUCGCACG